UCUCGUUGAACGUCAGGCACCUAUACCCUGACACAACACACUUGCGUUCUCACGUUCAAUCAACCGUAUAGUAUUGCGUUAGCUAGUAGUAGAGAGAGAGAGAGAGAAAAGAGAAGAAGCAGUGGGACCAGUACACGUUUGACCACGCUGCCGAGAACAUCCUUCCACAACUUGUGCGACGUUAGCCAAGAGAGAAAACCGGUUCCGAAGAUCUUUCAACAAAGAUGCCCAAUUGUCCAAAGUGCGGCAAACCAGUGUACUUCGCCGAACGGAAGACCUUUUUGGGUAAAGAUUGGCAUAGUUCGUGUCUAAGAUGUGAGAAAUGUAACAAGACGUUGACACCUGGUAGUCACGCGGAACAUGAGGGUAAACCUUACUGUAAUCACCCUUGUUAUUCGGCCCUUUUCGGUCCAGGAGGUUUUGGAAGAGGCGGUGCAGAGAGUUACAUUUACAAUAAAUAAGAUGAAACAUUAA